AAACAACAUCAGCAACAAAAACGGGAACCGUUCAAGUUUCUCUGUUGUGAUACAUUGUAAAAUCCGCUCACUGAGCCAGUCGCGUUGCCUUGAACGGGUUGCCUGCAUACAGAUAGAUAAGCCGCCCCAAGUACCAAAGAGAUUAUCUGGUCAAACGACGACCAGCUCUUUAUUCAUAAGUCUAAGUUAUCCAAAACGGCACUACAAAGGUACUACCCUCUGGUACACGAGCUCACAAUUCCUGAUCAGAUAGACUCGAUUCUUUGAAUACCAAGCACCAUGAUGUCUUCAUCUUCCCCCAACAGCAACAACAGCAGCGUGAAGCAGUCCAAGCGAGGUUCUAUCAAUAUCUGGAUCAAUCGGCUACGAAACAACAACAGCAAUAGUUUGGAUGAUUGCUCUUCGUCUGUGUCAUCUCUGUCGACACCGUUUCUAAUGGAUGCGUCGUCGUCCUUCUACUCGGGCGAGUUCCCAAGCGACGCCAGCUUUGAUCUGACACUCUUGGAAGAAUCCGACGACGACGACAACACGAAUGCUGAUUCGGUAGUGCGCCCCAGGAAUCCUGACUGGCGAUGGGACAGUGACCCGAAUUUGCCGCUCCAACGAGAUUUGGGAACUACUGCGGAUACACCCGUCAUGCCCCCCACGCGCAGCAAGUCCAACGGCACAACGAGGCGUUCCAGUGCCACUGCCACGUUGUCUCGAUUGCUUUUGCAGCAGCAACGCAAGAACUUGUUGACCAUCUCCAAGCGAACUCAAUCGUUAAAGUCUCUGCUACAGAAACCUCGUAUGCCACGACGACAGCUCAGUGAUGCCAGCAAUCAUCACUUGUCUUCACAACCCGAGAACGAGACUAAGGUCGAACCGGACGUUACCGAAACAACAGACACCACGGAAAACGGCGCGGUGAUGGAAGCUUGCUCCAACAGAAAACGUAGCAGCUUUUCAGAACGGCUUCGACGAUUCCCCAUGGAUUUGCCCACACGAAAGCUUCCCGCUCGAGCGGCACGGAUACAACGAGUCACUCGUCCCCGUAAGGUAGUGCGAGGUGCCACAUGUACCACCAAGAACAACAAUAGUGGAAGCAGUUCCGAACGGGCAGGUUCCUCCAAGCUGGCACUCUUGCAGAUUAUGCCAAACAAACAAAGGUAGAUAUUACCAUAAUAAGCAGCAGAAGGCUAUAGCAUUUUCUUUCCUAACAGUAC